CCUCUUCUCCACCUCAAGUGCCACUACUAGCCUAUCCUAUCCUCAAUUCCAUGUUCACUCACAUACAUGGCAUAGUUUUUGUUCUCUCUCUGACUCUCUCUCUCUCUCUGUGGAUACUUGGAAGCCAUGGCUUGUGCAACAGUUAGGCAACUCCUCCACCCAACCUCUGCCAAUCCCAACUUGCAAUUCUGGGCGUCUCCGUUUACUCCUUACUCACGUCUAUGUACUACCAAUUAUACCAGUCGAUUCUCUAGACUAGCAGAAUAUUCGUGCGGCCACCGGAAUUUGACACCUGCCCCCAGGGCAUUGCCUGGAAACAAAGGCGGCGGUUCGGCGGCCGAUGAGGAUGACAACGACGACGACGGAGUGUCUUUGGGGACCAUGAAACUGCCGUUGGACACCGACCUUCCCAGAUUCGAAACCCUGCUCUUUCAGUGGGCAAACAGUCUCUUCCAAGGAGCCAAUUUGCCACUUCCUGUUCCUCUCAAGGUUGACAAAAUUCCAGGUGGAGCCAGACUGGGUUUCAUCACCAUUGGUGAUGGAUCAGUGACCGAAGUCCUCGUCUACAUAGACUGCCUGGUUUUUCCGGCAACAAGUAGCUCUGGUCCGAUAUUCCGAGCUAUAAGAAACGGGCCCUCGAAAGGUCAGCCGGCUCCCGGGGAGCCCCGGAUUAUGAGAAGCCUCUUACAGGCCAUCAAAAAGUCAGCUGAAAUAGCUAGAGUUUAAAUGACAAUUCCUUAUUCGAGUUGUAAUAUAAUUCUUUAAUUAUUACUCUUGUGAUCUUCAAUGUUCAUUGUAAAUGAGCUCCAAUAUGUAUUACCUUACUCUUAUAACAUGGAGAUACCGCAAGAAUGGAUGAUGCGCAGGAAUUUUGAGGUGCUCAAA